AUGGCAUUUGCAAUUCUCCUGUCCUCUGGCACCACAAUGAAGCUUUUGCGAGCUCGAUCUGUUAGAUACAUCACCAUGGAGCAUUCCAUCUUUUUGAUGUUCAUUUUGGCUGCUGCCUGCAGAACUUCAGCUAAUCUGGUAUUCCAGGAAACCAAUCAAUUAAUGGGAGAGAAAGUUGAAAAAAAAGUGCCAAAACCAGCAGAUCUCGGACUAGAGGAACUUAGUUCUCUUCCAGAGCAGAAGGAUUGGCGCGACGAUAACUAUGUUACACCCGUGAAAAAUCAGGGCCAGUGCGCAGCAUGCUGGGCCUUUACUGCAGUGGCAGCGAUGGAAGCACAACUGAGAAAUAAGACCAACACUCUCUACACACUCAGUGAGCAAAACAUUGUGGACUGUGCCAGAAGCUACAACAAUGAAGGCUGCAGUGCAGGAUGGGUGAAUCGUGCAUUUGAAUACAUGCGUGACCAUGGAAUUGAAACUAACGCAACAUACCUCUACAAAGAACGGAAACAAGAUUGCUUAUUUGAUGAAAACAAUUCUGUUGGAAAACUCAUCAAUUACGUCAAGAUUAAGAACACAAACGAAACAGAAAUCAUGAAGAUAGUAGCAAAACAUGGACCAGUAUCUGUACAUGUUUACAUGAGUGAUGCAUUCUUGAGUUAUAAUGAUGACAGUAUUUUUGAUGAUCCUAAUUACAAUAAUGAGAUUCCUGACCAUGCUGUGACUAUAGUGGGUUAUGUGAAUAAUGAUAAAGAAAGAUAUUGGAUUAUUAAAAACAGUUUUGGAACCAGCUGGGGUCACGGUGGCUACAUGAAGAUGAUUAUGUUCAAGAAUUUGUUGAGAGUAACCGAACGAGUCUUCUAUCCUAUCGUCUAA